CGAAUCCCAACGCCCGCGCCGCGCACGUCGGCGCGCGUACCCCUUUCCGUCGCUGUGCUUUCCCGCCACCCGGUACAUCCCAUCCAUCAUCGUCUAUUCUAUUAUUUAUCGCUAAUACCCCCAUAAACCUCAAACCCCUCUUCCUCCCCCAAACCGACUCCCUUGCUCUCUCCUUGCGGGAGAAGAAAAGAGAAAAAGGGGAAAAGAAAAAUGGGAGAAGAUUAUUCACCGGAACCCAACAAGCUUCCCGAGCUCAAAUUAGAUGCCCGCCAAGCCCAGGGGUUUAUUUCCUUCUUCAAAACCCUCCCCCGUGAUCCGCGGGCUGUGCGCUUCUUCGAUCGCCGAGAUUAUUAUACUGUUCAUGGUGAUAAUGCUGCUUUCAUUGCAAGGACAUAUUACCACACUACUACUGCUUUGAGACAACUGGGUAGUGGUCCUGAUGGUAUUUCCAGUGUUAGUGUAAGUAAAACCAUGUUUGAAACUAUUGCUCGUGACCUUUUACUGGAGAGAACAGAUCAUACCCUGGAGCUUUAUGAGGGAAGUGGAUCAAACUGGAGGCUGACAAAAACUGGAACACCUGGUAACAUUGGUAGUUUUGAAGAUGUUUUGUUUGCCAACAAUGACAUGCAGGAUACUCCAGUUACCAUUUCAUUGUUUCCUAUCUUCCGCGAAAACCAGUACACUGUGGGACUAAGUUUUGUCGAUAUAACCAAGCAAAAACUUGGUUUGGCAGAGUUCCUUGAUGAUAGCCAGUUCACAAAUGUUGAAGCAGUUAUGGUCGCUCUUGGUUGCAAGGAGUGUCUUCUACCCAUGGAAUGUGGGAAAUCAGUGGAAUUGAAAGCUCUUCAUGGUGUACUGACUAAAUGUAAUGUCCUUUUAACUGAGAGAAAGAAAUCUGAGUUCAAGUCAAGAGAUCUGGUACAGGACCUUGGUAGGAUCAUCAGAGGUUCUAUUGAACCUGUUCGGGAUUUACUUUCUGACUUUGAAUUUGCUUUGUGUGCUCUAGGGGCUUUAAUAUCAUAUGCCGAGUUACUUGCAGAUGAUGGCAAUUAUGGGCGUUAUACCAUUGAAAAGUACAAUCUAGAUAGUUACAUGAGAUUAGAUUCUGCUGCCAUGAGAGCAUUGAAUGUUCUAGAGAACAAAACAGAUUUAAACAAAAAUUUUAGUUUGUUUGGUCUAAUGAAUAGAACCUGCACUGCCGGCAUGGGUAAACGGUUGCUAAACAGGUGGCUCAAACAACCUCUCUUAGAUGUGGGUGAAAUUAGUUGUAGACUGGAUCUGGUUCAGGCAUUUGUGGAGGAUGCAGAACUUCGCCAAGGACUGAGGUUACAUUUAAAAAGAAUUUCAGAUAUUGAGAGAUUGACACAUAAUGUGAAGAAGAAGACAGCUAACUUGCAGCCAGUCAUAAAACUCUAUCAGUCAAGCAUUAGACUUCCACACAUCAAAGAUGUUCUUGAGCGUUAUGAAGGGAAAUUUUCACCACUGAUAAGAAAGAAAUAUCUGGAACCAUUAGAAUAUUGGAUGGAUGAGCAUCGACUAAAUAAGUUUACCGCUCUAGUUGAAGUUGCUAUUGACCUUGAUCAACUUGAGAAUGGUGAGUAUAUGAUAUCGCCGAAAUAUAAUCCAAACUUAGCUGCACUGAAGGAACAACUAAAUGCAGCAGAGCGGCAAAUUCACAGUUUGCACAAACAAACAGCAAAUGAACUUGAUCUUUCUCUUGAUAAGACAUUGAAGUUGGAAAAAGGGACACAGUUUGGACAUGUUUUUAGGAUCACGAAGAAAGAGGAGCAAAAAGUGAGGAAAAAGCUAAGUACCCAUUAUAUUGUUCUGGAAACUCGGAAGGAUGGAGUAAAAUUCACAAACUCCAAACUUAAAAAGUUAGGAGAUCAAUACCAAAAGGUACUCAGUGAAUAUACAAGUUGUCAGAAAGUGAUUGUUGCUCAAGUAGUUGAUGCUACAGCUUCAUUUUCUGAGGUAUUUGAAACACUUUCCGUGAUUCUUUCUGAGCUUGAUGUUUUACUAAGUUUUGCUGACUUGGCAACCAGUUGUCCAAUUCCAUACGUAAGACCAGACCUUACACCCUCGGAUAAAGGAGAUAUUGUACUAGAAGGGAGUCGGCAUCCAUGUGUGGAGGCUCAGGAUGGUGUGAAUUUUAUACCUAAUGAUUGUACUCUUGAACGUGGAAAGAGUUGGUUCCAGAUCAUUACCGGACCUAACAUGGGUGGUAAAUCCACAUUUAUACGACAGGUUGGCGUAAACAUAUUAAUGGCGCAAGUUGGCUGCUUUGUUCCAUGCGAUAGAGCAAGUGUUAGCGUAUGCGAUUGCAUUUUUGCUCGUGUUGGGGCUGGUGAUUGCCAACUUCGUGGAGUUUCCACCUUUAUGCAGGAAAUGCUUGAAACUGCAUCCAUCUUGAAAGGUGCCUCUGAGAAGUCGCUGAUAAUUAUUGAUGAGUUGGGCCGUGGCACUUCUACUUAUGAUGGAUUUGGUUUGGCUUGGGCUAUUUGCGAGCACCUUGUGCAGGUGACCAGAGCACCAACUUUAUUUGCAACUCACUUUCAUGAGCUGACUGCAUUAGCUCAUGUUGAUGGUCAUGAGCCCCAUAGUUCGCCCAAUCUUGGAGUGGCAAAUUAUCAUGUUGGAGCACAUAUAGAUCCACCAAGUCGUAAAUUAACAAUGCUUUAUAAGGUUGAACCCGGUGCCUGUGAUCAAAGUUUUGGUAUUCACGUGGCAGAGUUUGCAAACUUUCCUGAAGCUGUUGUUACUCUUGCUAGAAGUAAAGCUGAGGAGUUGGAAAAUUUUUCUGAGACAUUUGGCUUUAACAAUGAUCUGAAAGAAGAGGUAGGAUCCAAGCGCAAGCAAGCAUGUAGUCCUGAUGACAUUGCUAAAGGUGCAGCUCGGGCUCAUCAAUUCUUGCAGGGGUUUUCUGCUUUGCCGCUAGACCAGAUGGACUUGGAACAGGCCGUGGAACAAGUUAAAAAACUGAGGUCUGAGCUGGAGAAAGAUGCAGCCAGCUAUCCUUGGCUCCAGCAAUUUUUCUGAAAUCAAUUGUGUAUCCUGUCGACUAGUAUCUUGGCUGUUCUCUCCCUCUGCCUUUUUGUUUCUCUAGAAAUAUUCUGGGGGAAAGAUUGCUUAAAUGAUAUAUGUAAAUUGUAUAGUAUCCAACAGGUUCAAGUUAUUACUGGCCAGAGCCAAUUUUGCUUAAA